UUACACACCACUUGCUCCACUCACCCCCCCUGUUCUAAUAAUAUUCUCUAAUUUGUUUCGCUAUUUCGCUAUCUACUACUUGCUCCCUGCACCACGAAGCUUUGCCUCGACUCCCGCUUUCCUCUGGUUUACACUUUUACACUUUCCAUUACACUUUCUCCAUCCCCCACACCUCACCACCACCUCACACCUUCACCACCUGCCAUCAUCACCUCUCAUUCACUUCCAACGAUACACACCCUCCCACUCCCCAUCUAGAGGUAGGAGUUCGUGUUGUUUCUACUCGCCCUCGCUACAACAAAGAGGUCAGAGACAGUCGACUACCGAUCGCAUGCAUAGCGUGUAGUUGUUUUUUUUUCGCUUGCUGCAGUAACCAUAUAUGCCGUGUCGCCAGACCGGCGCCUCAAAAUGACCACCUCAACCUCACCAUAUGCGAGGACUCCAGAGUUCCCUUCCUACAGCCGGCAACCUGAGGGCCAUCCAUCAGAUAUGUCUCGGCAGCAUGGGAAUCGACAAAGCCCACACCCCAAAAUGGCUACCUCCAAGGGGGAACCAGAUCCCCUCGUGCAAAACUAUGCGCACAUUUUGGAACUGAAGCAGCGUCGCAAGGUCGAUGAGCAGCAGUUGCGCCUGAAGCUUGAUAACAAGAAGAUGGACCUCGACUCGUGGUUUCGGACUGACCGAGAAAGGUAUCUCGCCUUGGAGGGGCAUCCUGAACUUCUCAAUGGGAUAGUGAAGCUUUUGAAGGAAGUAAACCAGUUCAAGGCCAGGGAUCUGGACCGCGAAUAUGACGAGGAACUGGCUGCCCUGAGGAAACGCUAUGAAGAAAUGGAGGCCAGCCAGUGGCAGAACGUGUUGAAUAUCGAUGUGCCGCCGCCUUCCACGUCGGGGCCGCCUCCUCUGCCUGCUUCCGAAAGGCCGCAGCCGCCCAUCUUGUCAUCCUCUACCGCCCCGCCUAACAAUCCACAUGGGCCGCUCAUGGCUCCAAGCGUGUCUGGUUAUCCCAGAGGCUUCGUUGGUUCCUCGGAGCCUGUCAGACACGGGCCUCUGACGAUUGCACCACACUACCCCCCGACAAUGCGCUCGUCUUUGGAGCCUCCACCCCAGACCAAUGGGUCCCGAGAACCCCCGGUAUCAUCCAUGCAUGCCCACCCAGCGCCAGUCUCGUCUUCCAUGCGGAAUAUGUACCAUCCCAUGCCACAGAUGACUCCCCCACAGCCACAGCUAACAAGUAAUGGCCGUCGUAUUCUUCCAGGAGCGCCAACAACAAAUGGCUGGCACAGGAACCCUAGUUACGGUCCUGCCAUGUACUCUACACCUCCAGGCAGAAUGCCACCGCUCCAUCCGACAUACCCCAAGAGUGACGGACCCACCAACCCUUCGGCCCAUGAACGCCAGGUUCUGCCUCCGAUCCUCCCCCCUCAGCUGCAUCGUCCUGGUCCGGUAGAGGAAGGACAGCAGCCCAAGAGAAAGGCCACCCUUACCGACUCGGCUCCCCCAGACGUCAAACGAGCCAAGCAAGAUCACACACCCAGCAGUGCUGAUCUCGAGCGCGCAACUCCCACCGCCAGUGAGGAUGUCCGUCCGCAGCGGACAGUCCAGUUUAGUGAGGUGUGGGGAGGCGGCAACCCAGAGUACAAGCACAUUAUUAUCCAGUUCCCCGAUGGUGGAGAUUACUAUAUCCUUCGCUGCGAGGAGCACGGCGUCAACUUUGGAGAACACCCACUCCGAGGGGCUGCGAAGCAUUUGGCUAGUGCUCAACACGGGAGGAUGUCUAAAGAGCACACGCAGGCUAUCAGAACUCUGGGUUGGAUUGUGGAAGGAUGCGACUUCAAGUUGAUGGAGAUGAACAACAGGAUGGUCAUUGAAGCCUUCAAGAAUGGCUACAAGCCCUUCAACGCCAACCAGCUCAACAAGACUGAGCGGGCAAAGAAGGGCUUCCCUCAGCUUGACAAGAAUGGAACCCCCAUGAACAGCCCCCUGAGCGCAGCCGCCUCCAGACAGCGGAAGGCGGCUUCUGGGAUUGCGAAUCCAGCACCGGCUGGGCUGUAUACAGGAUAUUGUACUGCCGAUCAAAAGCAACACCCUGUUGUGAUUUUGCCGUGGGACGAGGAGAAUCUGAACUCGGCUGGUCUGUUGGAGCUCACCCUGGAGAGCGCUGGCUUGUUUUCCGGUCCGCUUCCAAAGUGUUACGAGUAUGACCGUGAUGACAAGGGUCAAGUGAGGAGGAUCAAAGGAUGGGCCGAAGGGUACGGGAUUGGCGGCCCCCUCGUGAAGAAGCGGGAAUUUCCAGUGCUCAUCAUCGAUAGCGAUGACCGGCAAAGCUGGCAACUUGGAUGGAUUGAGGCCAAAUACCUGACUCCUUUUGAUUUUGGCGAUACUUCUGAGAUUCCCCACUCGGCGGUGGCGCGAGAGUACUACGCCAAAACCAUUCGAAAGUACCCAACUUACGAUGAUCUUCGACAAGAUAUGACUGCGAGGGGACAGCCCGUCGGCCCUGCCCAGACCCCGUUGCCAAAGAAAAUGGCGGAUAGCCCGUCUCCGUCCGCAUCCGUGUCUUUUCCGUCUUCGACCGCUGGCUUGGCCACCGCACAGCCGGCGACUUCGCAACCCUUGCAGCAACACGACGUGGAGAUGGCGGAUGUUGGUUCGGAUUCAGACCAAGAAUCUGUUGCCAAAUCAAUGUCCAACUCUACCAAUGACAUCGACAUGGCAACUGCUGACAGUCGCCGGACGAGCGUGUCUAAUCCCGACGAAGGCACAGAGACCGAGAAGGAGUUGCCACACCCCAGUGCGCAAGCCAUUGCCGCCCAGGCCCUCAUCAAUCUCGAGACGCCUGCACGGAGCACUGGCUUCACAGCCAUCAACUCACGGAGCGCCGCGUCCAGCGCAGAGCCACCCUCCCGACAGAGCCCAGUCCCCGGAGCGUCUACCGAAAGAAGGCGAGUGGAGAAAAUCCAUGCCCGGAGUAAGAAUGUGCUUGCCACAACUCAACCAGCGACUCCCAUCGUAUCGCCACAGCCCAUGUCGUCCAUCGUCGUCAACACCGGUGUGGCAAAUGGUCAGAAGCCAGACAGGGCCGAAUCAGCCCCGGUCCACCAGAGUACGACGACGGCCGAGCGAGACCAGGAGCGCGCUCAGAGCGAAUCCCUGACUCCUGCCUCACUGACGACUCCCGCCACACCGGCCUUUGUGUACCACUUGCCAUCUGUUGAGCCUGUUCCACCGCAGCAGCAGGAGUAUCCAACCCCCCUCCCAUCGGCAACCGAGUCCGCGUCAGCCCCAACCGUAUCCUUGGCCAGCGCAAGGGAGACUUCCCCUAGUGCUGGACCUCUGGCAACGCCCUCUGCCAGCGAGGCUUAUGGUCCUAGCGAGUUCCCGGUGAAGACAUCUUUCCCCGUGAUCAAGACAGAAGCGGGCGAAGAGCCGGAAACAUUCACAAUUGGUGUGAUUCGAGCGGGCGACGAAGAAAUAUUCAACUCAAAGAUCGCCGGCACCCUUUUGUCCAUUGAAGACGAUCAUACUACCGGGGUUCUGAAAGCUGUCCUGGGGUCACCAGAAGCUGUCUCGUCUUUCCAAAUCGACCCCAAGCAGAUCAAGACUGCGGCUCGGUCCAUGCGUGGCGAGGGAGGCAGCUGCGAGGUCACGAUCGAGUUCAUUGGGGAUAAAACGCUGACACUGGUGUUUGAACUGGGUAGGGUCAAUAUUGAAGAACGCCUCGAGUCAGGAAAGAUCCAAGCCAGGAGGUUUUGCCGGCGUCUGUUGGCCUGGAACAAGGCGGUAGAAUGCCCCAGUAUCGCCAACGCUCCGUGAAGCGUGUCCUUCACAUUCUUGCUUUUACUACAUCUUUGUCCCCUUGGCACUCUGCCUUUUGCUCUUCUCUUCAUUUGUUCGUCUGGCUUCUUUUUUCAUCUCGAUAUAUCUUUUCUGCGACAUGUUGGUUUGGGAGCGAGCGGCAUCCUCAACUGUUCGGAGUUUGGAUUCGAGGGAAUGCAAAGCACUCUGCGGGUUUAUAGAUGUCUCAUUAGCGCUGUUUGAUGUUCAGGUGCGGUUAGAGGCUGCAGAGUUAGCUCUUGUUGGACGGGAAAAGUAGUUGAUCAUUAGCUGGUACUGUAGAUACAUUGCUAAUCACACACAUAUUUAUCCUGUUUAUCUUG